AUGCCGCCACCGGGGUUCGAACCGGAGAUCUUCCUUGCUAGAUACAUCAUCGUCAUAUUGCUGUACGCCAUCUGUUUCUGGUCAUUCGAUAGUAAUUUUGUCUGCACUAAUCACGUACAUGAUUUUGGUGACUACUACUUCUUCGUCGUCCAAACUCUGUUCACGAUCGGCUACGGUGGAAAGGAGCCACUCUGUUUCGUCACCAACGUUGGAGUUACUAUAAUAUCGAUUCUCGGCCUACUGCAGCAUACAGCUCUAACGGGGAUCGUCUUUGCCAAAUUCACAUUGGACAGCUCUCGCGACCUGGCCUGUGCUUUCUCGACUCGUCUCUUUGCCAUACCACCGUGUGAAGAUUCUUUUACUGCUCUUGGAGGAGCACCAUCCGGCCUCAGAGGACAACUGGAGCUGUCCAACAGUGCAGGUACUCCCGGUGGCCGCAGCGUUGUAUCAGGGGCCAUCGCUGAGGGGCCUACAAGCACUUCCACUGUUGGUCAGCAUUUCUGGGUCCGCCACUUCAGUGAACAUUACAAGGUGGCGAGGCAGAUGAGUGGAGCCCCACCGAUGGCCCUCCCGCAUACGAUGCCCGUUGCCCCCAAUAUUUGGCCCAGUCAUGAGAUCAGUGCGAAGAAGUCCUGGCCGUUGACAGACGUGACGUGGCUACCACCAGGCACGGAUAUUAGUAUGUGUUGGAUGAGUAUUGUGCAACGUGUUGGCAACACGGGUGUUUACAACGUCGAUGUCAGCAAUCUCGAUUCCAUCGCCACGUACGACUACGAGGACUCCGAGGCCUGUUCGUCCUUUGGUGGCACCUCUUCAUACGGUGUGCAGUCCCCGGAACGAGAGGUGGACUUCUCUAAGUCUAGCCCUGAGUUCAGUGUUGACACCUCUUUGGUGAAUCACGUCUCACGACCGACUGUCAGUCGUGUUUGGAGUUCGGCGGCCACGGCUGAGGCUGCAAAAGAUGAGGAAUUUCCCGAUCCGACGUGGAACAUACGUUUGGGAAUUUACCGUGGAGAUUUCGAGGCCUCUCCUGAGAAGGAUGAUGAAGGGGAUAAUAAGCUUGUGAGAAGAGAUAACGACAGGUUAUCGAGGUUACGCGGCGGAGUGUCCAACAGGUGGUUGAGCGCUGAAGAUCCGAAGAGUCUUUUGUCAUCGAAGACUGUUGGCAAUGAAUUCUCACAGUCGAAUGUCACGGCCGAUGUCACUAGUCGCAGUGCGGCGGCUAUUCUGAGCAACGCGGCUGCGGGCUCAGCCUCCAGAAAUCAGCGGUAUAUGCGGUCCAGAACGAUGAGCAACAUUGGGGAGAUAGGCUCGCGAUUCUCUGUUGGGAAUCGCAAGCAAUCGCAACGUCGUGCCUUUGGUGCCGGACUCGUCGAUAGCCUAGAUUGAACCUGCGUGCAUUGUUGUGUUGCCCUAUUUUUCCUCUGCUAUAAGUGCGUUUAUUCCUAUUCUGAUAUCACUAGAUUGAUGCUGACAAGACGCCUCUGAUGUUGAUCUCUUUUACUCUAGUGACACGUCCA